AUGGCCAACCACCGUGUAGAUCCGGCGACAUCUCACAUCAUGAGCGCUCCACUGGGCGAGUGGAGCCGCACCGAGUGUCUUUACAUCCAAUUGCACUGCGAACUACUCCUUGCAGUUGCGCAUCUACCUGCCGCGCCGUGUCCUUUCAUCGACGACAUCGCUCAAUUUAUUAGUUACUGUCAGUACCUCGCUGCUCCAGACGCUGCGACGGAUGAUACACCAGACGAGUCAGGUAGCGGCGUAGCGAAAGGCGUCAACACCUUCGUAGAGAAGCGAGACAAGCUAUCCGGAUUUGUUUUGUGGGCUCUUCGACAGAUGAGUCUGAAAGCGGUCAACAACAGCGAUGCAUCUAGUAUCAGCAGCAUCGAGGUCUCGCCAGCCAUGCUACGGGAGUAUCGCCAGAUACGCGAGCGACAGGGUUUGGACACGUACAUGUAUGACCCGAGGUUGUGGCCGGAGCUUUGGUCAUUUCUUCAGGAUACUGCUCGCAAGCAGUUUCCUGGAUUCAGCGAAGAUUCUACGCAGGCCGACCUCGCACAAGACGUCGACACCGACGGUAGCGCCCACGCCGUCAUCAAAUCUGGACCUUUUAACGACCCGGCGAACAUAUCAGACCGGGAGCUGAUGGAGGAGGACAAUAUAUCUACCGCGGGCGACGACGUGAACUCCGGCGCGACCGAUGAGGAAGAACAAGCAGAGCCUGGAGGCUUCGCGCAGGGUCAGGUCCGCGCUAGAUGUACAGGCACCAACAAUGACGGAACAGCCUGUCAGCGAAGAAGUCUAGAUAUUGAAGAGAAGGAUCGUGCGAGCUGGCGUUGCCAUCUCCACGAUCCGGAGAAGAAGAAGAUUACUGCAGCUGCUCGCGCGGCAAGGAACGCAGCGAAAAAGGCAGCUGCGGCAUCAGAGCCCAAGAAGCAGAAGGGUGGUAACAAGGGAGGAGAGGCAGAAGAUGCGAAGACAGGCGGAAAAUGCGCUCGGAAGGCUGAUGCAGUGGGUGGAGAAGGAGCAGGUCAGUCAUCCAAGAAGCGCUCGAAGUAA